GCAUACAGGAGGAGCGUGAAUAUUCCGAGCUGACCUUCCAUUUCCACACAAGUAGUUCCACACAAGUUGUCAGUCACAGUGACCGCUCUGACAGCUCGGGUCACCUGAGGGCCAGACUAUGGGCUCUAGAGGAGUGGAGAGACGCAAGCAGGCCACCCCUGCUCAAACCCCAGAGGGCAACGUGGUGAUGAGCUUUAGCUUUGAAAGCUAUCAGCUGGAAGAAGAGGACUGCCAGGGCAAAGAUAUCCCAGACAAAGGAGUGCUGGCUCUCUCUGAGCCUGUGUUUGAGGAACCUGUUCCUGAUGACCGUUAUCAUGGAAUUUAUUUUGCUAUGCUGCUGGCUGGAGUUGGCUUUCUGUUGCCUUACAAUAGCUUUAUCACAGAUGUGGACUACCUCCAUCAUAAAUUUGAAGGGACAUCCAUUGUGUUCGACAUGAGCCUGACAUACAUCCUUGUGGCUCUUGUUGCGGUGGUGCUGAACAAUGUCCUGGUUGAGAUGCUCAGCCUGCACACAAGAAUCACUGUGGGUUACAUAUUUGCUCUUGGCCCUCUCCUCUUUGUCAGUAUAUUUGAUGUGUGGCUGGAGAAGUUUACCACGAACCAGGCUUAUGUUCUUAACCUGGUAUCUGUGGGUGUUGUGGCAUUUGGAUGUACAGUCCAGCAGUCUAGUUUCUAUGGCUACAUGGGGAUGCUUCCAAAACGCUACACACAAGGAGUAAUGACUGGAGAAAGCACAGCAGGAGUCAUCAUUUCACUAAGCAGGAUCUUCACCAAGCUGCUUAUUAAAGAUGAGAGGAAGAACACCAUCAUCUUUUUCCUCAUCUCUAUUGGCAUGGAGCUGAUGUGUUUCAUUUUGCACCUGCUGGUGCGCAGGACACGAUUCGUGCACUACUACACUAGCCUGGCACGGCAGGGUUUGAGCUACUCCAAAGAUUGCUCACACCAUGGCAAUCAGUACCAUGUUCACCAUGAUGUGAUUACUGAGGAUGACAAUGGUGCGGUGGGUGCUUCUCCUGCUGAUGACAGCAGCACAGAACCCAACUACGCUGGCAGCAACACAUAUGUGAGGUUUGAUGUGCCUAAGCUAAAGAUAAAAAGGAGCUGGCCAGGCAUCAAGGAUAUGAUCCUGCACCGUUAUGUGGUCUCCCGUGUUAUUUGGCCCUACAUGUUGUCCAUUGCUGUCACAUACUUCAUCACCCUGUGCCUUUUUCCUGGUCUGGAGUCUGAGAUCCGCAAUGCCACACUGGGAGAGUGGCUUCCCAUUCUCAUAAUGGCAAUCUUCAACAUGUCCGACUUUGUGGGCAAAAUCUUGGCUGCUUUGCCGUAUGAGUGGAAUGGAGUGCGCUUGUUGUUCUUCUCUUGUGUGAGGGUAGUGUUUAUCCCUCUCUUCAUCAUGUGUGUGUACCCUGUGCCAAAACCAACUCUUUGUCAUCCAGCAUGGCCCUGCAUCUUCUCCCUUCUCAUGGGUAUAACCAAUGGCUACUUCGGCAGUGUGCCCAUGAUUCAGGCUGCAGGCAAGGUACCACCUGAGCAAAGGGAGCUAGCAGGAAACACCAUGACAGUCUCCUAUAUGGCUGGACUAAUGUUGGGGUCUGUGGUUGCCUACGCUGCCUACAGUUUCACUGUCCCAGGCAUGAACUUUCACUCAGAGAACUUAAACUAUACCCAGGGGUAUUAGUGAUCUACACUUCAUCUCUCUACAAUUUACACAUACAUCCUUUUGUUAUUGUAGCAACUGAGAUAUCUCUACACAUUAAAGCCUGGCGUGGCUCUUUCGAAUGUAUUAAAAUGAGGGAAAUGUAUGCCAGCAGUGUAAAGAGUUGUAUGUGUGCUUCAUUAAGUCGUUUAGCUUAUGAAGAGAUGUGUGGAGCGUCUCCUGUGGUGGUCUGCGGCGGGAAACCAUUAGCUUUUAUGUGUACAUGCUGUGGAUGUGGACUUAUUAAAAGUUUCAGUGGCUAUAAAGCCAUUUGCAUCUAAUACCCACAGAAACUGCCUCAUUAGUGAUUUGGUGAAUACAGGGUUAAACCCAAAUCUUAUAGUAAAAACUGUAUUCUUUAAGUGUAAACAUUAUGAAUGUUUGGACAUUUUUGCUAAGGAAAAUUGAAUGUAAACCUUAAUAAAAAAGAGUUUUUUGUACAUUUUCUUUAUGUUAUGCCCAUUGUUUCUGUAUCUGUAAAGUCCUGUAUUUUUCCCUACACUAUAUGGCCAAAAGUAUGUGUACACCCAUGCUAAGUAUUGGAUACAGGUGCUUUAGCCACACUCAUUGCUAAUAGGUGUAUAAAAAUAUUGACAGAAAAUAAAUUGUGUUCUUUUACCUUUGUAGCAGCAAAUUGAGGAAGGCUCUUUCCUGCUCUAAUUUAACUGUGCCCCUGUGCACAAAGCGAGGUUAAUAAAGACAUAAUUAAACUUAAAGGUUUAAUGAGUUUGGUGUGCAGGAACUGAUGGCUUGCUUAAAGCCUCAGGGUUACUGAACCUCCUAGGAAGAAAUCAGAAAAUCAAUUGAGGGCCAAAGCUUUUUGACCAGCUUCAAUGCCUGACCUCACAGAUGCUCCACACACUUCAAAAUGUUGUAAAAGCAUUUCUAAAACAGUAGGCUGUGACACCAACAAAGUCGGAGUUAUAUAACACUAUACAUAAGCCAACGGUUUUGGAAUGGGAUGUUUAACUAGCUCAUGGUUUUGUGUCUAUAUUCUUUUGACCAUAUAGUGUUAUGUAAGCAAAUUGUAAAAUGUAUGUUAUUUUAACUGAUAUGACUAAAAGAAAUAAUA